GCAGAUGAAGAACCUGUGUUUUGUAUGAAUACAGCAUGGACUCCAUGCAGGCUUAUCACAAUGCUCUCAGAUUCUUAAACCGCUGUGAACAAGAAGUCUUUGGAGACUGAGCUACCCUAAGUGCAGAAGGACCAGGAAGAAGGACUUAGUGCCAAUGCAGCAGCAAAAAAGACAACCAGAGUUAGUGGAAGGGAAACUUCCUGUCUUUGUAUUUCCUACCGAACUCAUAUUUUAUGCAGAUGACCAGGCGACGCACAAGCAGGUGUUGACUCUCUACAAUCCCUAUGAGUUUGCCUUAAAAUUCAAAGUUCUGUGUACAACUCCAAAUAAAUAUGUUGUUGUGGAUGCUGCUGGCGCUGUGAAGCCUCAGUGCUGCAUUGAUAUAGUGAUUCGUCACCGAGACGUCCGACCUUGCCAUUAUGGAGUGAUCGAUAAGUUUCGGCUCCAGGUCUCUGAGCAAAGCCAGAGGAAAGCCCUGGGAAGGAAGGAGGUGAUUGCUACUCUGCUCCCCACCGCGAAAGAGCAGCAGCAAAAGGAAGAGGAAGAGAAGCGGCUGAAGGAGCAUCUGGCCGAAAGUGUAUUUCUGGAGCAGACUCUGUGUCAGCCGGAAAAUAGAAUUGCCUCAUCAGGGCCUAGUUUACUCACCGUCUUUGUGGGAAUCCUGUGCAUUGCUGCUCUUAUGCUUCCCACAUUGGGAGAAUUGGAUUCCCUGGUGCCUCUCUACCUCCACUUGAGCGUGAAUCAGAAGUUAGUAGCUGCUUAUGUAUUAGGUCUCAUCACCAUGGUUAUCCUAAGAACAUGAUUGAUAUUUUACUGGGAUGCAAAAAGUCUUUUUUUAAAAAGGUGUUAUAAAUUCACAUCAUGAAUGUGAAUUGCCUUUGACUCCCAUUGGGCUCAUUAAGAUGCUAUGGAAAACCUAUUCAGUGAUUUACAGUAUGUUUUUUUUUAAGCAAUGUUUUAACUAUGUUUAACCGAAAUGAUUCAAGCAUUUGGCCAUGCUUCCGUUACGGAACAGGUUUCAAAUGCUCAAUGAUGAUACCUGUGAAACGAAUUUGGAGCAACUUUUAUAUCUGCAUCUACCGUGCAGAAUUCUUACGAAAGCAUUCUCUUGCUUUUAAAAAAAGUCACGUGCCCAUCUGUGUUUGAUCAUCAUGAACCCCAGGAGAGGCGUCGGCAAUGUUCAUUCAUCUUCUCCCCCGUCUCUGUUGCCAUUAGCACUAAGUGACUUUGUGUAGCGCUGUCGGUUUUCAAGAUGGCAGAACGCUAUUCGGAACGGAUUACCGGACAGUGAACAUUUUAUAAAAGGCGGUGGCAGGAGGCAUCGUGUUUACGUAGUGAUCUAGUUCAUUGAUACACCCUUCACCAGUGCAAGAACGGGGGCUGUGCUCGCCAUUUCUGGCCAGUUUCAUGGCCUCCGUUCCUCACCAUCUAAUUUUCGGCCAAGAUGUCCUUCAUACUUAAUCCAUGCCACCUUGGGGGUGGGAGGCAGACUAACAUUCCCUUAACUGGUGCCACCAACCUGAUUAUGCGUCAAAACUUAAGACGGUGCUUCUGUCUACCUUGUGUGCAAGAUGUGCUUGGUCUCUUUGCAAAAAAAGCAGAAAUUGACUUUGAGAACGAAUGCUUUUUCUUGCAUCCUUUGUCCCUGGGAAAGAGCGAUUGUCCACUUGGCCCCUUGUCUAAGGAAACACUUGUUUUCUUCCUUGGGCCUGGCGGUUCUGUUUUUAACGCCCUCCUUCCUCAUCCACCCUCAUUUCUUAAAGGUCUAAUGCACUUUGACUAUGUAAGGAAUGUUUUGGAGGAUUAAACCUUUGCACCCUCCC